AUGAUGUGUGUGCUUAGGGAGGUGUACCUGAUAUCCCUGGUCUGCCUAAUCCCACAUUCUCGCAGACAGUGGGCAGUAUCACCACCACUCCCCACGGCUGCCAGUGGUGCCACAAGCAGUACGCCAGCAAGGCCAAGCUACUGCAGCAUCAGCGCAAGAACCAUCUUAAGUAUGACAUGUGUGCCCAGGGAGGUGUACCUGAUAACCCUGAUCUGCCUAAUCCCACAUCCUCGCAGACAGUGGACAGUAUCACAACCACCUCCCACGGCUGCCAGUGGUGCCACAAGCAGUACGCCAGCAAAGGAAAAACUUCUGCAGCAUCAGCGCAAGAACCAUCCUAAGUAUGAAAUGUGUGCCCAGGGAGGUGUACCUGACAUCCCUGGUCUGCCUAAUCCCACAUUCUCGCAGACAGUGGGCAGUAUUACCACCACUCCCCAUGGCUGCCAGUGGUGCCACAAGCAGUACGCCAGCAAGGCAAAGCUACUGCAGCAUCAGCGCAAGAAACAUGUCACGCUAAUGCCACAUACUGAGCAGACGCCACGGCCAUUGAAGAAUCUGGCUCCAGAAGAGAACAUAGAGAAAAGUAUGAAACCUGAAACAAAACCAAGAGCUAGUAAAUAUAACGACAUUGUAGGCCCUAUUCCGAUUGCUUUGUCUACAAAUCUCAAUCAAGUCACUCUAACUUCUAGCAAUCUUAAUCACUUUCAAGAAUAUGAGAUCAUAGAUGGAGAAGAUGACACAGCUGAGAAUGGUAUUCUGAUUGACUCUCAGUCAAUCAUCAAACGCGAAUCAUUGAAGAAUGAUAACAUACCAUCAGACCUUUUGUCCCAAGCGAUGUCUGAAAUCGGGGCGACCUUGUCAGAUCUGCGAGCUAUUUCCUCAGACCAGUACUUCAAGUUGCUGCAGGACCCCAUCUACACGCCGUACACCGCGCGCUGACACCACCAAAA